AAAGGAUUCACCCGUCAUAACGCCGAUUCGCUACUACUUCGCAUCAUCCGUUUCCGAGUUCGUUGUAAAGUGCGGUCUGUUCUCCUAGCGAUGGCUCCCACAUCGCACCUUGCAGCAUCGCGAAUAAGGCUUCUACCAUCGGCAUGCCGAGCGUCCCACCAAACCGGAACCUCAGGCUCGGGCCGAACGAGGCAAUGCUGCUUGGGCGCUCUUGGCUCCGCCGCGCCAGGGCGAUCAUGUGCCCUCAACCCCACAUCUGAAACGUACCCGUUACGAGCACAAUCUCGUCCUGUUCAGACGCCAUGUGAAAAGCGCCCGCUAUCAGCGCGCUCAGAGCGGGACACGCGGGUAGGAUUCUCGAGGAGCCUCAAAGAUAGUUCAGAGCGAGACAUGCGGGCGCGAAUUUCGCGGAUGGGCGGAGCGCAAGGGCCGGGAACGCCAGCAGGAGCAGGGGGGUCGACCGGUCAGCCAGACCCGGACGGGUGGCGGGAGCUGUUGCGUGGGGGCGAGGACGUGGCGCAAGUGAUGUCUGACAUGGCCAACAUUCUGGACGAGAUAUCCGGCCUGGAGGGGCGGGACGAGGAGGUGGCGGUGCAGAUGGCGGCAGCAGCAGCCAUAGCGGGUAGAGUGGGCGCCCUCGACCAGUCUUUCCUGGUGGCUCUCGAGUUCAUGAUGGGGCAGGCGGACUCUAACAACGACUCCAAGGGCCGCUGGUUGCUGGAAGUGGUGAAGGAGCAGCUGCUGGCGCAGCUGCAGCAGAAGAUGCCUCCCCAGGUGCAAGUGGUGUCGCUCCUCGUUGCCACGUCCGACAAGAACCGGCGCCGAGACAUCAUCACACGGGCGCUGGCAGGGGGGGGCAAGCUGCCUGGCGAGGCGAGUCCAGGCGGCAUGGGCAGCAUGGACAUGGGGCCACAGGAGGUGCACGUGCCGGGGGCUAACCUGGAUGAGAUCAUCGCUCAAAGUGACGACCUCGUUGCGUCUUUGGAGGAGGAACUACCCAUCAGGGACCGUCGGCUGCUGGCCAGACUACUGUUAGCGAGGGAGGAGGCGCGCUCGCUCAUGGCUGGGGGCAUCCAGGACCCCCGCAACGACGUGCGGCGACUCAAGAACGUUCCCGAGACCGAGGUCCGGUUCAUAUCCACUCUGGUGGCCAUCAAGGCGCCUGACGCACUGAAGAAGCGGAUCUUCGAUGUGAUGGAUGGCCGGCAGGAGGGCGAGUACAAGAAGGGGAGUGACGGCCCGAUCAAGGUUCAGGGGUCCAAGGGCUCUGCUCCUGUUCGUCCAGGCCACCUGCUGGACACCAUAACCAAGGUUCUUGGCGGAAUGUACAGAACAGGAGGGUCUGGUGUUACCGUGCAACAAUUAGAAUGGAUUCGGAAGGAGACACUCGAUGCUUUACAAAGAAUAGGAUUCAGUCAAUGAACAUCCCCGUGAAAGGAACACUACAUGCAAUGCAACUCAGAGUUGAGAAAAGUUUGGCUCCAGCUACUGGGACUUGAUUACACAUGCUACCGAAUGCAACCAUGCCAAGGUUGAUAUGUUCAGAAGCAAUGUGGGGAAGAUUGCAUGGAUCAGGAAGAAUACGCGGAUAUCAGCAAUAGGAGAGUGAAUAGGGAUGAGUCAACUGGGGAAACAAGGUAAGGUUAACAGAGUGAGGAAAGGAGGUGAUAUGUGCUGCUGACUUUUUA